CCCAAGUGUGUCAGCAUGCAUAGACCCUGACUCACCAAUUUCCUCUCCCUCCUUGAGAUUCCAGGGCCCCAGGGAGGCGGCUUCCCUUUCUGGGGCAGCCGCUCUCCCCCCGUCCCCACCCAACGCUCCCCUCAGUUCCACCGACAGAAGCGCGCCAUGCCCCUUUCCUUGGGCUUCCAGGAACCUGAUGAAAUAAGCGGACCCUGAACUCCUGGGUUUUGUUUUGUUCUGCUGCCAAGCACUAAACAGCAAGGCGACGCCUCGGAGCACAUUCGCAGGCACCGAAGGGAAGAAGAUCGCCGAGGGAGGAGCGAGCCGGCGGGAGAGGAGAGAAGAGUGGGGGCGUGCGCGUGCCCUCCUGCUCUGCCUCCUUCUGCUGCCCGGCCUAUCUUGGAGCUGGGCUCUUUGCUAAGCCUUCUGCCGCGGCUGCCAUGAACCGGCUGGGGAGCAAAGACGGCGGCGAGACGCUCAUCGAGAUGUCUCAGGCCACCGAUGGAGAAGACGCCAAUGGACCUUUAUUUGAAAAUAUAUCAAAUACUGAUUCAGAACAUCCUGGUAAUUCUGAGGGCCUAAGUACCACUGAGACUACAUUACUCAUCUCUGACCUUCAAGGGAAGCUUAGGGGGGAAUGGAAGAGACCCACUUCCCACAGACAGUUUCCCUCAGUGAUUAGGAAGCUAUAUGCAGCACCACCAGUGGUUGAAGAGUUCCUUCAAUUCCCCCUGGUGGAUGCCCCAGUGACCGCACUGCAGGCCUCAUCCCUGGUCUCAGAGGAUGGUGACGACCAUCUCCAAUAUGCCCUAGACUGCAAGGCAGACCACGCUCUCAGGAAGGCCCACGAGACCCUUGCCUUGACCAUUAAGGAGAGGAGACGAGAAUUUGAAAACAAUCUUGUAAAAGCAGGUUUGGAACUAGAAACUGAAGACAAAAAGGAAUCUGAAAAUGGCAAAACUUACUUUGUAAAGGUUCAUGCGCCAUGGGAGGUCCUGACUACGUAUGCUGAAGUGCUGAACAUCAAAGUGCCCAUCAAGGAAAAUGAUCUUCCUUGUACGUUAGAGAACCCCCUGGACUGUAUGGCUCAGCCUUUCAGGCUACCUGAGAAUGUGAUGCAUCCAGAACCAGACUACUUCACAGCGCCAUUCAGCAAGGAAAGGCAGGAACUCUACCUCAUUCAUGAGGAACAGACGUUUUUCUCCCCAUCAGUUAGAAACAGAAUUGUUUAUUAUAUUUUAUCAAGGUGUCCUUAUGGGACAGAAGAAGGGAAGAAAAAGUUUGGGAUCAAAAGACUAUUGAGCAAUGGCACCUAUGCUGCUGCUUACCCACUCCAUGAUUGCCAGUACUGGAAUAAGUCAAAUGAUCCAAAGUGCGACAAUGAAAGAUACACACUGUAUACAGAAUGGGCAAGGUUUCUUCGGUUUUACAAAGAACAGCCCUUGGACCUUAUCAGAAAGUAUUAUGGAGAGAGGAUUGGAAUCUAUUUUGCCUGGCUGGGAUUCUACACUGAGAUGCUGUUCUUUGCAGCUGUUGUUGGUUUUGUCUGUUUUCUAUAUGGUGCAUUCACAAUGAACGAAAAUAUGAGUAGUAAAGAAAUCUGUGAACCUAGUAUUGGGGGAGAUAUUAUCAUGUGCCCACUAUGUGAUCGAAAAUGUGAUUACUGGAGGCUGAAUUCUACGUGUGAGUCUUCACAGUAUUCCCAUUUGUUUGAUAAUGUGGCAACCCUCUUUUUCGCAAUCUUCAUGGGCAUUUGGGUUACACUGUUCUUGGAAUUCUGGAAGAGACGGCAAGCUCGGCUCAAAUAUGAGUGGGAUUUAGUUGAUUUUGAGGAGGAACAGCAACAGCUUCAGCUGAGACCGGAGUAUGAAGCAAAAUGUACUAAAAAGAGAAAAAAUCCAAUAACUCAGGAAUUAGAAAUGUUUAACAGGAAGACCAUAAAUGACUAUGGGAAACUGAGCUUGUUGUACUUUGGAAUAUUAUUUUGGAUCUCCUUGAUCAUUGCUAGUAUGAUAGCUGUGAUAGUAUACCGCCUUGCAGUUUAUGCUGCUUUUGCCAGCUUCAUGGAGAAUGCACAAACCCCAACUCCAAUUCGCCGUUUACUGACACCACAGCUGGCAACAUCAGUCACUGCGUCAUGCCUGAAUUUUGUCAUCAUCAUGAUCUUGAAUUUCUUAUAUGAGAGGAUAGCCACCUGGAUCACAGAUAUGGAAAUCCCAAGAACUCACCUUGAGUAUGAAAACAGACUGACCAUGAAGAUGUUCCUAUUUCAGUUUGUCAACUACUACUCUUCAUGUUUCUAUGUGGCUUUCUUCAAAGGAAAAUUUGCAGGUUACCCUGGUUCUUACACAUACUUGUUUGGUACCUGGAGAAAUGAGGAGUGUGAUCCAGCAGGAUGCUUAAUAGAACUGACAACACAACUUACCAUUAUCAUGGCUGGCAAACAGAUCUGGGGGAAUGUCCAGGAAGCUGUCGUACCCUGGAUCUGGAAUUGGUGGGGCCGUCGGAGAGCCAGGAGCAGCCCAGAGAAUUUGUACAGUCGAUGGGAACAGGACUAUGAUUUGCAGACCUUUGGAGCCUUGGGCCUAUUUUACGAAUACCUGGAAAUGGUUAUUCAAUUUGGAUUCAUUACUCUGUUUGUGGCCUCUUUUCCAUUGGCUCCACUUCUUGCUCUGAUGAACAAUAUCUUGGAGAUUCGAGUUGAUGCCUGGAAGCUUACAACACAGUUUAAAAGGCCAGUGGCAGCCAAAGCGCAUAGCAUAGGUAUUUGGCAAGAAAUUCUAAAUGGAAUGGCAAUCUUGUCAGUUGUCACAAAUGCAUUCAUUGUAGCCUUCACAUCUGAUAUGAUCCCUCGGCUAGUUUAUUAUUAUGCAUAUUAUACAGAUUCUAAUUCACCCAUGUCUGGAUACAUUAAUAGCAGUCUCUCCGUAUUCCAAACAUCAGAUUUUUCUGAUGCAAACAAACCUGAACACUCUACAGAAGAUUUUUUAACCUGCAGGUACAGGGACUAUCGGUAUCCACCAGACCAUGAGAAGAAGUAUACGCACACCAUGCAGUUCUGGCACAUUCUGGCUGCCAAAAUGGCUUUUAUCAUUAUUAUGGAGCACGUUGUCUUCAUUGUCAAGUUCUUCAUCGCUUGGAUGAUCCCUGAUGUCCCAGCUGAGGUGAAAGCCAAAAUAAAGCGUGAGAAGUACUUAACACAAAAAAUCCUACAUGAGUAUGAACUCAAUAAGCUGAAGCAGAAACUGUGUGAAGGCAGAACCUAUGCCAAUAUGGAAAAGGAAGUCAUUGCCAGUGAAGGAAGAGUAGAGUUAGCAGAAGUCAUGUAACAUGGAGACACACAAAGUGCCUUAUGAAUUCUAGCCUGUGAAAUUUGAUUGUUCAUUAUCUGUAAGUUGCUCGGUAGGCCAGGAGAGGUGUUCAGGAUUUUUACUAAUUUGCAUUUAGUCCUAAAAUUCUUAUUAAAGAAGAUUAGGAGCAAAAAAGAAAUGUGAAUCAGCUGUCAGGAAGCCUAUCUUGUUGAGUUGCACAGCUUCCCUGCUAUAUGAGCUUGGAAACAAAGUUCAGCUCAUGAUAUUGCAAUGUCUUUUUUUACUGCCGCACCUUUCUGAGAUAUUAUGAAAUGAGAGUUGUCUUUAAGUGUUUGUAAAAUGAGUAGCCUGAACAGUUCCAUGUUCUCAGCUGUGACUCAAAGGCAUGGAUUCCAAAGUAUUAUAAUAGUCUCCUUUUAAAAGUAUCAAUUAGUUGCCAGGAGGGACAUAAAUUCUCUCCUCAGUCCUCAGUUCUUAGGUUUUAUUUGUGUAUGUCUGUCUGUGUUGAUAAGGCUAAGAGGCUUAGACUAUUUGGGACAUGCACUUCUCCACUUGAAGCACUGCCGACUCAUGGUGCAGAAGCCAAAAGGGAAAUAUCCUUCUUGUUUUAAUAUAAUUGUGUAACUUUUUAAAUGUUCCUUUUGGCCUUAAUAGUAUGCAACAGACUUGUGGUGCUUGUAUCCCCUUUUUUGUCUGCUUGUUUCCAGACUUGGGAAUAUUGAAAGUUCAGGUGCCAAUCUGCUAAUCAUGCUUAACCUUGGAAAGGUUUAAACAGUUUCAUAUAACCAGUAUGAAAAGGUUUGAGGAACCUGGGCUCUACCAACAUACAAACAAAAACUAACAGCUCAUAUCUGAUUUAAGAAAAUCAGAUCCCUACUCAGUGUUCAAGAAAUACUAAUCUGUAUUUCUCUGCUUACUAGCACAGACUGUUAGAGAGCAUGUGGGUUUUUAAAUGUUUUGUCAGAUAAUGGAUAUGAGCGUUAGAUAUAUGGAACAUUACUUGGAAAGUCUUAUGCAUAUCAUACAUGUGCAUUUGUGUCACACAAAUUCACAUCUUUAAAUGGGUUAUUUUACGUUUAGGCUAUUUUUUUAGGUUAUUUUAAAUGUUUCAAUGGUCUGAAUUGUAUAUAAAUUAUGAUGCAAGAUCGAUGAUUGCAUAUCAUAACAAAAAUCCAAACCUACAAUUUAUUUUUCUGCAUAAUAUUUGUCAUCUAGUAAACAUUUUUAAAGUAAAUGUUAAUUGAGGAAUGUUUGUGGAAUUAUUGCUUCUGUAUUGUUGAGAUGUCUUCAUAAUUUGAAGAAUAUUUUUUUAAAAAUGCUCUCAUGUUAUUGAGUAGCAGGGAGGGGGGAAAAAAGAACUGUCUUAAAAUGAAUAUGCCAUUGUAUCGGGAAUAUAAUUAGAAAAAACCUACAGCAUUUUGCCAUUGAUUCAGUACCACUAGGUAAAGGCUAGUGUCCUUAUUCCCGAAAUAUUGUUAAAAUAGUUUGGAAUUCUCAAAAUUUAUAAGGGCUAUAAACCUAUGUUGUGAAUCUGCCUGUAUGUUAAAUUUGUUUGUGUUUGCACAUGAAAGUAUCUGUUCUUGAUAAUUUGUGUUCUUGAUAAUUAAGGCAAGGUUAUAUAGCUUGAUAUAGCCAGAAAUCUAGUGCUGAAAAGUACUGAUGUUUAAAUGUUGCAUAGAAGAAAUGUUGCCUGUAUUUUGUCUUGAAGCAAUCAUUUAUGAAGUCCAAUCUGCCAUGGGCUAUGCAUGCAAACCUAGCCAUAAGCUAUUUACUUGCAGUAUCUUUGUUACGUUGUAUACUUUUUAAUAAUGACUAGCAUUGUUGAGAUUUUGCUACAUUUCUUAUAGCCAGAUCUACUCUACACUGCUUAGUGCCUUGUUUAUGUGGACUUGAGAAAAGAAAGAUGUGAAAAUGUUAAUAGAGUAACGUAUGUAGCCUAAUGUAUCCUACAGGUGAAUUUUCAGCAAUCAUGAAAGCAUCAGUUUUCACAUUCAGUUCUGAGCAGCGCUCAGGAAGAAACACUGCAAACUCCCAGGUUGUUCAAUUCUAUGCAAAUCAGACUGCUGACUGGGAGAAGUGUUCUUAACAAAGCAUGUUGGAUAUAACGAUACAUAAUGAUAAAAUCAGUUGUACCUUAAAAACUGUAUCCAGCUGUUUAGUAUCAGAAAUCGUCAGAAAUCCUAGGCUAUGUAAUGCAUGUGGGCGAAAUACGGAUAGUACACUGUUUUCUAUACAUUUCAAAUUUUAAAAAAUACUAUCAGAAGAUGCCAUAGUCAAUUAAACUGUUCCCUGAAAAGAGCAGUCCAAAUAGUGGAGCAGUGAAGAUUCUAGAUUUGUGGGCAAAAUUUCUACUUCCAAAGCAACUGUUUAUGCUUAUCAUCACAACCAUGAAAGUUCCAGCUGUGAGGCUGUGAGUGUAUCAUCAAGCUCGAGAGGUUACCUAUGUUGCACAAACACUUUCCGUGACAUAAAGUCAAUAUUCACAGAGCCAAACAAGAUUAAACAUUUGCCAUUUCUUUUAUUGGAAUUGCCUUUCCCUCCACAAAGCUGUUAUUGUUUGGUAAGGCAGAAUAAUACAAUAAUAUAUGGGUGUAAGAUAUUGACGCUAAUAGCAGCUGCAGAGAACAAUUUAAAUUGAAAAAAAUAGCAUGGGUAGCACAUAUACACAUUUUCAUUUCCCCAAUCAAAUCAGCCAUCUCAUACCACUACUUUGAAAUAAAAAAGAAAACUAUGCGAGAUCAAGUCAUGGUUCUCCCAAGUCAUUUUUAAAUGGCACCAUAGUUUCCCAUGUGUAUUGAGUAAAGGUUCUCUGUGCAAGAAAAUGGUAAGUCAUUAGAAGGGUCUGAAAUCUAUUCAGCUUUCCUUCACAGUGAUCAUUAUAGAGUGGAGAACAUAAAGGUCCUUCAUAUGUGGAGGUGGAUUUGGAAGAUUCCACAGUUUAAAUCUUGCGGUACUGGUAGGAUGGUCAGCUGGUUAGAACUGUUUCAACAUCUGUUAUUUCCUUCAUUGUGUGCAUACUACGAAUUCAUGCAUACUGCAUGCAUGGCUAAUGCAUGAUAUUUAGGGAGCUGAUCAACGCAGAGUUUUCUUACCUGUAGCCUACCUAGAGUUAAUUGUGCAAUUCUAAUCAUGUCUACUCAAAUCCUACUGAAGUCUAGUCAGUGGGGCUUACUUCUUAGGAGUGCACUGUAAUUUCAGCAUCCUUCUCAGAUUUUGAAUAAAUCCUACAGACUUCUGCUAUCGUUAGACCUUAAUUUCACUUUUUAUGAGCUCAAUUUUCUAGAGCAUGUGCAUUUAAGACAAAUGUAUAGUGUCAUAUAUUCAAUAAACCAAAGAUGCAUUGCAAUCACCAAAAAAUUGAACAUAUGUGAGCGCCAUACGCUCUGCUGCUUUACAAGUGUUCUUAUGAAUUAAAUUGCAAGUAUUUAUAUUCUUUUCUCUUCAAGUAUUUUGUAACACUUCUCUGUAGCAUUUGAAAAACAGAAAAGAAUGCAGAUACAGGCUGAUGGCAUCAUCAUUCCAUGUAACAUAUUUCAUAAUUCUGUUUGACACAAGCACACUCUGCAUCCAUGUCAAGCAUGCCACCAUAUGUAUAAAACAAUCUAAAACAAUUGUGUGUUUAAAAAAAAUACAAUAAAAGAAUUCACCAAAA